AUGCUACGAAUCGAAAGAAGGUCCGAUAGGCCCGGCGGGCAGAAAAUGGCCAGGUUCGUGAUGCAUGCCCCCAUACAUACUACUGACACGCAGGUACAGGCCAUAUCGAGCGAGGGAGGGCCUGCAGGCGCCAACGACAUGCGCGCAGCAGACAUUCCUGCACUGGGCAUCUCGAACAUCAUCUCAAACGCCACCCCACGAAAGCGCGCUUGUGAGCUUGCUAUCGCAGUUGAUCAUAUCGCAGCCGUGGUUUCAUCUUCUUGCUUCGACUCUAGGGCUGUUCCUCAUGCGCAAAACCAAUACCCCCGUACCAUCGUGAACCCUACUAGCAGCACCUACAACCACCACAGACAUCACAACAGCCACAACAGCCACAACAACUACGCGUACUCUCACGGUUCUGCGUUCCGACGAUUCGUGGCACAGGCACGUCCAUACGUCCAUCACUCUAAAGACUCAUCAAAGGACUGA